AUGUCAGCCAUUCCGCCCCGGAACCUCUGGCAGCUGCACGUGGCAGUCGGCGAGGCCCCUGCUGUCGUGCGAGUCCGCAACCUCCAGGCCACGGUCAAGGGCCCCAACGAUGCCUGGGGCCGCCGCGGCCGCUUGCAGCCCAUCCUCAUCUCGUGCAAGGUCGAGCUGCGUCAGCCCUUCAGCGGCACCUCGUCGGCGGACGCCCUCGCGUCGGAUACGGUCCACUAUGGCCAACUCAGCAAGGCCAUCAUUGCAAGCCUCGACCGUCUUGCCGCCGAGACGUGCUCCCCGGAGCCUUCAUCCUCGGCUCCUGCUGCCGGGGCCGGGUCCCAACCCGCCGGCGCAUCGUCGUCCGUGACUGCAUCCUCCUCGACGUGGCCCCUGAGCCUGUGCGAGGUGCUCACUUGGAUCUGGAUGGACCUCACCGGCUUCUACCACAACGGCAGCCCCAUCGAUGCCGACGAUGACGACGGCGGCCACCCCUUCUCCGCGUCGUCGGCUGCCACGGCGCCUUUCCUGCGAAACCUCCGAUCGGUGCGCUGCAUCGAGCUGACAGGUCAUCUGCCAAAGGCGUCCCUCGUCGGCGACGGCCCCAGCUUCACUUACACGGGCGUGUUCGGCAACGAUCUCGUCGGCACAACCAUGCGCAUCUACGGCCGCACGCUGCGCCUGCAGAACCUGCGCGUGCCCACGCUCAUCGGCAUCAACGACAACGAGCGCGAGGCCCGGCAGGCGGCGAUUGUGAGCGUCGAGGUGGACAACUACGACGCGACGUAUGACAUUUUCAACGCCCUCGAGUCUAAGAUUGUUGAUAGGAUGGAGAACUCAUCGUUUGGGACUCUGGAGGCGCUGGCUUCAGAUAUCGCAGAAACAGUCACGCUGUACCUCCGGCUGGAGAGGGCGGAGCCGGUUGACGGAUCGGGCUCGCAACUCAAGAUCAUCGUCGACAAGCCGAUAGCGGUGCCUUUUGCUGAUGCCCCGUCAGUGGAACUGCGCGUCAAUACGAGGGAUGUGCCCGUACGAGUAUAUCACUAG